AUGGGGGGCGAGCGGCACGAGAAAUCAUCAGACAAGUCGUCGGUCGAUUUCACCAAGUGCACCGCUGACGGUCGACAGUCGAGUUGCGAACGUUUCGGGCAUUAUCAGACUUCGGCGUUCGGUCAGUCCUCGUUGCAGGGCCACUACGGCGGCGUGCACGCCGAUCGCUUCGCGCGAUUCAACGAUCUUAGCGCGUUGCACGGCGAGCAGCGGCCCCCGAGUGAUCGUUACUCGGUCUGCAAUCCGGAGCUGCGCUUCGACACGGCGGGCACGAGCGGGUCCGGCGAGUACGCGAACGCGAACGCGCUCGCGGGCUCCUUCGUCUCGGAGACGUUUCCGUCGCCGCCGUCGCCGGCACCGGCGAACGACCGCUUCGUCCCGCCACCGCCAUUGUCGCCCAGUCCGAGCGAGAAGUAUGCCUCGAGCCAGAGCCUGGCUAGUUACCCUUCUGCUGAUCGCAUUUUGCCCCCCAAUUCUCCGGGGCCCAAGUACGGCGCCGACGGUGCCGCUACAGCAUCGUCGAUGCCCGCCAAGGAGCGUUUUGCCUCCGAACGGUUGCUGGCCAAUCAGCAAUCAGCCGCAAGCGACGCUAAGGAUCAACAACGCUACGCUGGACCACCUGAUCGCCUGCUCUCGGAAUCCUCCCCGGUCCUGGGAGGACUUCAGGCUGGACUUCAAACGGGGCUCCAGGGUAGCGCGGUCUACGCCAAGGACACUCGUUACGCCGCCAUCUCCGCGGAGAGGAUAUUAUCCUCCUCGCCGAUACACGCUCCGGUGCCUGAGAGAUUCGUUGGCAAGUCGGAAAGGUACUUGGGCGAGUCGCCCAUUCACGAUAGGUAUCCUCGACAGGACCCACCAGCGACAGUACAUCACGAGCGCUAUUCGGCGAUGGCGGCGACCACCGAGAGGUUCCUCUCGAAUUCGCCUAAUCCUGAGAGCGCGCAUCAGCGCUAUUCAUCGUCAGACCGCUCGUCACUUCAAACUUCCUCCAGCGGCACCGAGCAAAGUCGACGCCUUUACACUGACAGAGGUGUCGAGACGGUCUGCCAGAAGUAUACCGAUCGGUCCAUCGGCUCUCCGGCGUCCGCCGACUUCGGUCGGUACUCCGGUUUUCCGGAGGUUGCCAAUCAGACGCGAUACGUGUCCAGCAACGAUCGCUUCAACGAUCUCACCCUACAGCGUUGCAGUCAAUCGCGGUCGAUCGACAGGUUCUCCAGCGACCGAUACCUGGCCGGAUCGUCACCCGCGCACGACGGCAGGCUGUCCAGUGCCGAGACGCCGCGCUACAUCGUCUCUUCCACCGAACGCCUGCUGGCGCCGACGUCCUCUUCGUCGUCCUCCUCGUCGGAGACUGGUAAGUAUCACUCGCCCUACACAACGACCGGCACCCAAUCAUCGGCCUCCAACGAGCGCUUCACGUCAAUCUCGCCGACGUCCGAAGCGUCGUCGAAUGUCCACCGCGGCGGCGUCGGCUAUCAGAACACAAAGAGCACCGUUGACAAGUAUCUGGUCUCGAAAUCGGUCCAGAGCAGCUACGAUCGCUACUCGGUCGGCAGUCAGAACGAUCAUCAGUUCGGCCAAGACCGAUACUUCACUGCCGGCGGCGGUGGCGACCGAUUUCAGACUACUCCCGGAGCUGACCGUUUUCACGCUCCUGCUGAUCGCUAUUCGCCGGCGCGCAGCGUCGCCGACAAGUACCUGUCCCUGCCGAAGCCUAAGGACAGGUACACCGGCCGCAUAACGCCCAUCUCUUGCGCCAACGCCGUCGCGACGUCCUCCACCGAUCGCACCUACUGCACGUCCAAUGUGAGCUACGUGCCCCCGACUGCGCACACCCCGGUUGAACGAUACGUGCCCCAGCCGCCUCCCGAAGUGCUCUACCCGGAUAGGUACGUGGACAGGUAUGUGCCGCCCGCGGCGCACACGCCGACCGAUCGAUACGUGCCCGCGAGUGAUCCAGGUGAUCCAUACAUGCGUCGCGACCUUGGCUUUCAUCACCACUAUCGGCUACCGCCGCCCGCCGGUUACCCAUACCAGACGCACUUCCGGUUCCGCGGGUUCGCAUACGCGACGUCCGGCCGGCUGGGCGGGAGUCCAGGGUCCAGCAGCUCCAGCAGCACGACGUCCACCCAACGCGAGACGUUCGCCACGUCGCCGUUGCUGAGGCCCAAGGCGCGCGCGUCCGCGGUCGAGUUCGGCGCGGUCACAGGCACCGCCGCCUGUUGCGGGGACGUGUCCGCCAACGGCAGAGCCUGCUGCCAGAUGAGGAGGUCCCUGCCACCUGGAACACUGCCGGCGAUACCCACGCAGACUUCCUCAUGGCAACCAUCGCCGAGUUCCGGCACGACCGGCACCUCGACGGUAUCGUCGACGACCGGCGAGGGGGACUCGGCGCAGAGCAUCGGUAUGUACCCGGUGGGCGUCGCGACGUCGUCGGCCGUGACGACGUCGUCAGCCGUGACGACGGCGACGCCGGUGACGACGGCGUCGGCGACCGUGCCGCUGGCCACCUCCGGUGUCACCGCCGGAAGCGCCGCCGGCAUCGCCCGGAGCGUUUCCGCGCCGAGCGCACCGCGGCCGGUCGUCCAGAUCAGCAGCUCCUCGGCGAGCGCCUCGGCAGCGCAACGGCCGAGGCUCAGGAGAACUCAAAGCCGCACCGAGGCCAUCCGGAACUACAUUAGACGCGAGACAGCGCAGUUCUUCGGGGUCGACGAGGAAUCGGAGGCCUCGGAGAAGCAGAGAUGGCUGGAUCGACGGCGACGCAUGGCGUCGAGGAAGUACGGCGCGCUGGUACCGGAACACAGGCCUCCGGACCCGGACAUCACCCGGGACGUACCGGACACGACCGAGACACCGGAAGGUGUCACUCUCAGACGAUGGCAGCAACCAGUACGAAGGAAAGAUUCUGUAGCGAGAAUGACGCUGUCGGGUCUUCAUUACAUCGUCGAGUCGUUGACGAGGCAGCGUCCACGCGAGCGCUCGGAGUCACGCCCGGAGUCGCGCAGCUUCCCGCCGAGCACGAUCACGUAUCUGUCGAGGAGCACAGACCUCGACAGUGGCCAGGACGAGGACGAGUCCUUCUUCGAGAGGCCUCCGCCGCCGCCGCCGCCCCUUCCGCCUCCGCCGUCGUCACAACAGUCGCAGACGCAAAUCGACCAGGCCUCCAGCGGACUGGUCAAGGACGAAGAGGUCGCCGCGAAAAUAGCGGAUAUUCUCGACACCACACAGGAUCGCGAGGAGAUCAGUAUCGAGCUGGUUGGGUUCACGCAAUCAAAGGAUGACAGGACGACGGUCGACGGACAAGUCAGACGACCCCGUUCGAUCACGAGGGACCACUAUAUUUCCAGAAAAACAAGUUGGAGCAGGUCGAAGUACGACGCGCCUCCGGCGGAGAGUACGAGGGUGCCGCAAGAGGAGGGGGUGACUCUUCGCAGCCGGGAGAUAGCCGGGGCCACGAGGAUCUCCCGCAGCACGAUCGACCGUGUCUUCGACAACAGCAAUCGGCGACGAUACGGGAUGGGCAUUGUCGGUCGCUUCUUCGGGCGAUCUUUUCGGAAAAGCGUCGCGCACAAGCCGGACAUAAGGAAGCAGUUGGACAAUUUCGAGGAUCACCGACCGUAUUUCACGUACUGGAUCACUACUGUGCAAGUAUUGAUUCUGAUAAUAUCGUUGGCCUGUUACGGAUUCGGUCCUGUCGGGAUGGACAUCAACCAUCGAUCGGGAACGGUUCUCGUGACGAGUCUGUCGUUGCAACAAGUCGACUACCGGGAACCCGCGAACUUCUGGCUGGGCCCUAGAGCCGCGGAUCUGAUUCACCUCGGCGCCAAGUUCGCGCCGUGUAUGCGUCGGGACAUCAAGAUCCUGAAGGAGAUCGACGUGUGGCGGGAAAGAGAACGGGAUACUGCCUGCUGCAUCAGGAAUGACGAUUCCGGCUGCGUUCAGUCCAGCAAAGCAGAUUGUUCCAAUACAAUAUCGACCUGGAAGAAGUGGGGUCCCGGAGGAAACGGAGACAGCCCCGGCGGUCGCAUCAGUGGGUCAGUUUGCGGACUGGACCCGAAGUUCUGCGACGCCCCGGCGAGCAUCGCACCUUACGAGUGGCCGGACGACAUCACCAAGUGGCCAAUCUGCCGGAAAACCAAUCCCUUCAGCCAACAUUUCAGUAAAAACGGGGGUCAACGGGCCAACUUUCCCGUCGGCCGUUACAAGGAUAAGAUGGCGGAGCACAUGGUGUGCGAGGUGAUCGGCCAUCCGUGUUGCAUCGGGAUUCACGGGAUGUGUCGGAUCACCACGAAGGAGUACUGUGAUUUCGUCCACGGUUAUUUUCACGAGGAGGCCUCCCUGUGCUCCCAGGUGGAGUGUCUGCACGACGUCUGCGGGAUGAUACCGUUCCUGCAUCCGGAGUGGCCGGACCAGUUCUACAGGCUGUUUACCACCAUCUUUCUUCAUGCCGGAAUCGUCCACUUGAUAAUUACGUUGCUGAUCCAAUAUUUUCUGAUGAGAGAUUUGGAAAAACUGACAGGCUCGUUACGCAUCUCCUUAAUCUACUUUAUUGGUGCUCUUGCUGGAAAUUUGGCCAGUGCAAUUUUUGUCCCUUACAGGGCAGAAGUCGGUCCAGCCGGCGCGCAUUUCGCUUUGCUUGCUACGCUGGUGGUUGAAGUGCUGCAUUGCUGGCCGAUGCUAAAGCACCCACGUCGCACACUGUCCAAGCUGAUCCUGAUCCUGCUGGGUUUGCUCACGCUGGGAAUCCUGCCAUGGAUAGACAACUACGCGCAUCUAUUCGGCUUUAUCUUCGGCUUCUUGGCGGCCUACGCGCUGAUGCCGUUUAUCUCGUUUGGCCACUACGACCGUAGACGGAAGAUCCUGCUGAUCUGGGUCUGCCUGAUCCUGAUCGUGGGCCUGUUCGCCCUGCUGCUCGCCCUCUUCUACAACGUACCGGUGUACGAGUGUGAGGUGUGCAAACUGUUCAAUUGCGUGCCGUUCACCCGCGACUUUUGCGCCUCGCAGAACAUCAAUUUCAAGCGGGAGGAGCCCGCAGUAUGACACACGGGGCCGCGGUACACAUCCGAGCGCGAAAUUGUUCCGCUCGGCCCCCGACCUCAUGCUCCUCAUCAUCGCGCGCAUCACUACAAUACACCAUUGCCGUUCGCCGCGCUCGUUCUGACGACGCUCCUCGUCGACUCCCAAAGACGCGUCUGAAGUUGCAAGAUCGAUCGGAGCUGCAUAAAAGAGAGUUUGAAGGAUGACCACAGCUCGAAAUCGUCGAAAGCCUUAAUUGUACGAAGCUGAAGAACAAUUUCUUUAAAAAGGGAGAUUUUCUCGGAUCUUUAAAGACAAAUUUAAAAAGGGUAGAUUUCUUCAAUCUUUGAGGAAGCUAAACGCAAAAUUUUGAGGAAGCUAAAUGUAAUGAAUUGUUUGGAUUCUUUGGAAGAAGUUGAAAGAAGAUUAAUAUUUUUCUUCCUUAUAGUCACAGAGAAAAAGGAACAAGUCUCAUUAAAGGAAAAAGAAUCUUCAAUUUCUGAGAAAGAUAGAAGGAUAAUUUCUUGUCUCUCCGAUAAAACUGAAGGAGGAAUGAAAAUAAACGUUUCUUUGGCCUUCAAUCGAUAUUUAACAAUCUCAUCGAGCUUCGAGGAUCACCAGACUUGCGUUAUCCCACUUGCAAGAUUGCGGAACGCUAACUUUGAAAAUAAUCCUAUUACUUAACGACUGCGCUUCCACGAUGACACUAUUCGAAUCACCGAGCUUCUGAAAUUUCGCGAACUCAAAGCUUCUACCUUGAGAGUUUCAGCGUUUUCUCGAGCUUUGAGAAUCCACGAUCAUUUUACGAUCGUUCGCGUUUCGUAAGAGUGAUAUCACGGUGCGUUCGGGGGACAUGGGGGUUUGAUAGUGCCUGGAUCGAGCGGGUGAAGGUGAUGGAUCCCGACCGACAUUUUCGCUACUGCCAACGAACGUUAGAGAGGAACUCGUGUUCGUCGACGCACGACGAUGCCUUAACAUUAUUAAGUCCCAGCGUAGUGAGUGGCUCCCGACGUGAGCUGGCCGGGGCCCAGCGGGCCUUGAGGGAGCCCAAGGACUCUGAAUCGCCGACGGAGUGUAAAUAUAUACGCGGGUCUUAGAUGUCCCGCGACGAUGACGGAUGGAUGCUCCAGGGAUCGUCCUGGGGGUCCCGCGGAGUUCGGCGCGGUUAGCAUCCACUUUCUCGAGGUGUUAAUAGGAUAACGGAGGGGGAGAGCCAGAUGUAAAUAGGAUCGAGUCUUGUUACCAUUGUAAGAGCGAUCUUAGUAAGCUAACUUUAGGGAGAACCUUGAAAGUGCGCACGUCUUUCGUCUCUGCACGAUAUAGUCCCCCGCACCUCCGACAUCCGGAACUAUUGUCUGUGAUGGCUUGACCUUGGAGAUAUUUUUCGUAGCACCGCGACGGCCGUAAUGACGAUGGCCGCGAGCCUUCCUGCAGGGACGAUCGGUGGAUGUUCACUAUCUGGAUACCAGUCGAUUGCUCGCACGUGCGAAACAUUCGCGAGUUUUAUGGAACUUGAUAUAUUUGUAAGAAAAGGCGAAAUUAAUACACGUACCUUUCCACGUCAAAACCACUUCGAAACACUUUCCUCUUUAAAGUUAUCUUUAAAGUUAUCGGAAAUACAGACAAACGUUUUUAGAUAAAAGCUUUAUAAUUUUCGAUAAAAUAUUCUAAGCCAUAUAUCGAUUAAAUAAAAUUGUAAAAGAUCAAAGGAUUGUUUUACAUAGAGGAGAGUUCCCGUGUAUGAGAUACCGAAUUCAUUUUUUGUAAUUACUGGAAAUCUAUAGGCACAAUUAAAAAAUAUAAUAGCUCAUUUUGAAGGGAAUUUAAUAAGCUUUACGAUGCUGAGAUGUAAAAUUCAAUUUAAUUACUUUUUUAAAUUAAAAAAAAUAUGAAAAAUGAACUUUACGCGAAAUCGAAACAGUGUACUCGUAAUACGAGGUAUCCCGAGAAAUUGCUAAUAAAGUGCAAAAUACAUAAGUAUUACAAUUAGAAGUUUAUUAAAUGUUUGUGAAAGACAAAUAUAAUGAAAAUGUUUCAAUAUUUUUAAUCUAACAAUGAGUCACGGAAGUUUUUCGUUUACGCCCUCGUUUUGCAGAUGGUGUUGCUACAAUUGGUUUUUUAUUUUCAUUAACAACUGAUCGCGACAGUUAACACUCGAUAUGUUAUCUCGUAUGAGUACUGAAUAUCUCGUAAUACAAGCCGCACACCUUGCGGUUUUGUGACCAUCAAAUUUAAUCUUUACAACUAAAUAAUUUAACAUGUAUCCUGUAUUUUCCCACUAAUACAAUCUUACUCUAUCACUGCAUGCAGAAUUUAUUGCCAAAUAUUUUUUAUUUAUUACAUAAUACAUAAAACUCAGCUCAAUAGAACUUGACGACAUUCAAUUUCUUAAAUCUCUUUUUAUAUUGACUACAUGCACGAUCGAACAAUGAAUUUUUCACUAAAUAGUUUUCACUCUAAGAGUAAUAAGUUUAUAGUGGAAUUAACUGAUGGGCGCUUAUUAGUUUUGCAGAAAUCCCGCUAUCUCAUAAUACGGAUCUCUCCUCUAUGUAUCGCUAUUUUAAUGAUAUUUAUAAAGAUGGCUUAAAUAAAUUCGACGGAUUUUUAUAUCAUGCGCUUGUGAGUCCGAACAAUAUAUACAGAUUCUAACAAAUUAUGAAAUACAUAAUUUGUUAUACUCAAGUAUAAUUAUUUAAAAAAAUAUGUAUAUUGUGCGGAAUUAAUAUUAAACAUGACAUAAGCUUUGC